GCUGCCAAUGAGAGCCUCCGCUCUGUACUAGGCGGAAGGAGCUGUCAGCUGAUGGGGCGAGCGGAAGCAGAGGGACAAUCCUGAGGUGAGGCCUGGGACUCGAUUUCUUCCUCAGCCUAUCGGUCUCGGCGGUUAAGGAUGGCGGCGGACGGCGGCGGAAAGCUGCGGCGCCAGCUGGAGGCCAUGCGCUUCGACCCGGCGCUCUACGUGAAGCAGCUGUCGCAGCAGUCGGACGGAGACCGCGACCUGCAGGAGCACCGGCACAAGAUCCAGAGCCUGGCCGACGAGACGGCGCAGAACCUGAAGAAGAACGUCUAUAAGAACUACCGGCAGUUCAUCGAGACGGCGCGGGAGAUCUCGUACCUGGAGAGCGAGAUGUACCAGCUCAGCCACAUCCUCACCGAGCAGAAGGGCAUCAUGGACGGCCUGACCCAGAUGCUGCUGGCGGCCGACCGAGAGCAGCAGCAGCAACAGCAGCUCCUGCAAACCGGGGCGGCCUCCUCCUCCUCGGCCUCGUCCGUCGCCAGCACCGGCGCCUCCUCGCAGUCGGACUCGUCGCUGCUGCCGCGGGAUGCCGAGGAGCAGAAGCAGCGCACGCUGACGCCGCUGCUGCAGAAGGUGGAGGGCUGCCAGGAGCUGCUGCAGGCGCCCGGCCGCUACCUGGUCUACAACGGCGACCUGCUGGAGUGCGACCCGGAGAGCGCGGCGCAGCUGCAGCGGGUGCACGCCUUCCUCAUGAACGACUGCCUGCUCGUGGCCGCCUGGCUGCCGGGCCGCCGCGGCGCCGGCCUCCGCUACCGCUUCGACGCCGUCUACCAGCUGGACAGCUUCGCGGUGGUGAACGUCAAGGACGCGGGCCCGAUGCGCGACAUGUUCAAGGUGCUGAUGUUCCCCGACACCCGCGUGUUCCAGGCCGAGAACGCCAAGGUGAAGAAGGAGUGGUUGGAGAUCCUGGACCAGACCAAGAAGAACAAGGCGCUGAGCGAGCGCCGGGAGCUGGAGAAGGCCGAGGCCCUGCGGCUGGCGGCGGCCAAGAAGGAGGAGGAGGAGCAGCGCAGAAGACCCCCGGCGUCUGGCAGUACCAACCCAUUCGAGAAGGAGGAAGAGCAGGGUGAGGAGCCACGGGCAGCCCUGCAGCCGCUGGACCUUAGCCUGGACUGGAUCCAGGAGCUCCCCGAGGACCUGGAUGUGUGCAUCGCCCAGCGGGACUUCGAGGGUGCCGUGGAUCUGCUGGACAAAUUGUCAGCCUACGUGAGCGGCGCCGACGGUCAGCCGGGUGUGCGGCAGCUGAGGAGCCGGGUGGAGCAGCGGGUGCGCCGGCUGACCGACGUGCUGGUGUACGAGCUGUCGCCCGGGCGCUCGCUGCGGGGCGGCCCACGGGCCACCCGGCGUGCCGUCUCGCAGCUCAUCCGCCUGGGCCAGUCCACCAAGGCAUGCGAGCUGUUCCUGAAGAACCGGGCGGCCGCCGUGCACACGGCGAUCCGCCAGCUGCGCAUCGAGGGCGCCACCCUGCUCUACAUCCACAAGCUCUGCAACAUCUUCUUCACCGGCCUGCUCGACACGGCCCGCGAGUUCGAGAUGGAUUUCGCUGGCGACAGCGGCUGCUACUCGGCCUUCGUGGUGUGGUCGCGCUCGGCCACUCGCCUCUUCGUGGAUGCCUUCAGCAAGCAGGUGUUCGACAGCAAGGAGAGCCUGUCCACCACUGCCGAGUGCGUGGAGGUGGCCAAGGAGCACUGCAACAAGCUGCGUGAGAUCGGCCUGGACCUCACCUUUACCCUACAGGCCCUGUUGGUCAAGGACAUCAAGGCCGCGCUCCAUAGCUACAAGGGAAUCAUCAUGGAAGCCACCAAGCACCGCAACUCUGAGGAGAUGUGGAGGAGGAUGAACCUAAUGACUCCUGAGGCCCUGACAAAACUGAAGGACGAGAUGAAGGCUAGCGGAAUCACCAACUUCGAUCAGUACACAGGUGAUGACUGUUGGGUCAACCUCAGCUACACCAUCGUGGCCUUCACCAAGCAGCUGAUGGCUUUCUUGGAGGAAGGGCUAAAGCUCUACUUUCCAGAGCUGCACAUGGUCCUAUUGGAGAGCCUCCAGGAGAUCAUUCUGGUGGCUGUGCAGCACGUUGACUACAGCCUGCGUUGUGAGCAGGACCCAGAGAAGAAAAUCUUCAUUCGGGACAAUGUUUCCUUCCUUUAUGAGACGGUCCUCCCAGUGGUGGAGAGACGGUUCGAAGAGGGGGUUGGGACACCAGCUAAACAGCUCCAGGAUCUCCGCAAUGGCUCCCGAAUCAUUCGUGUCAAUCCAGAGAGUACCAAUUCCUUUGUCUGAACAGCUGAGUACUUGUUGCAGGCAUCUCCUACACAGCCACUCCUGUAUAUUUCUUAUUUAAUACAAGCUGUAUCUGUUUGGGACAAUCUUAAAUUAUCUCAUGUUAUACAAAGGACACUAUAUUCACCUGCUAGUUAUGUUUAGCAACUCCUGCUUUGUCUGGUUAUAUUUCACUAGUAAAACAAAUUUAUAGUAAUACCUGGACUUACAUACUAACGUUUGUGGAGGGGAAAAUUGCCAUUGACUUCCAAGGCCCAGUUCUCCUUCCACUGCCAAAAACUCUGUGUCUCUCUGUCUCUCACUUUAAAAUGCAAUUCCAUUACCUAAACAUUUGGGAUAUAUGUAACUCAAUGCUUGUUUUUUUUCUGCUGUUGGUGGUGCAUUUGAAAUAGAAGGUGGUUUCAUUGCUGUA